AUGGAGACCAAACCGUAUCCGCUGGACUUGGUCAAGGGGCUUGAGAAAUACUUUGACAGUCCGGAAUACUCCGACGUCACGAUACGAUGUAUCAAAAGAGACUUUUACGCCCAUCGCGUCGUGCUCGCCAGCCAGUCCAAAUUCUUCGCGGACGCUUUUCCGGAUAGCGACAUCGAUCCCGCCCUGCUGCUCGAGGGAUCAACGGUUCUAGGAAACGCGAAUGCCCACCAGAAUCCCCACUGCCAGCAAAUCAUCAAUUUGCAAGAUGAGAACCCGCGGGUUGUGGAAAAUGUUUUAUGUUUCAUGUACCACGCCGACUAUCGCGACACUCCAUGCCUCAACGUCACGCCUCCGCCUGCUGAUCCGAUCCUGUUCAACCUUCAAAUGUCCGUUGCCGCGGACAAGUUCGAAAUGUCUUGUUUGAAGCGCUGUGCGGUGGAGAAGCUGAGGGAUGCUUCUGAGAAACUCUGGAACACGGAUGCCUUCGUCAAGGCGAUAGCCACCGCUCCGCAACUUUUCGACAUUCAGAAGUGCUGCGGCUCAUACCGUAUGCGCUGCAGCAAGAUUGAAGACCAAUGGCCGACAGAUGACGACAUGAAGCUAGACGUUUGGGCCGGGAAGCACGGACUGCUCAAGGCUGCCUGCGACUUUGGAGCCUUCGAAGGCACGAUGAUCAUGAGUGAAUCUGAGGAACUGCUCGACGCCAUCUGCGACCUCGACCAACCCGAGGAAGAAAAUACUGGACUAUCCAAAUACAAUCAAGAUGAUUCGUCCGAGAGCAGUGAGGACGAUCAGCCCACGAGAUCGAAGAAACGAGCGGCACAGGGAAACCUCAGUGGCGCGCCCGCCAAAAAGACCAAGACCGCAACCAAAGCCUGUCAUCGGAUCUACUACCGCAUGAGAGUUGCAGACACGGGCACCGGGGACGUUGAUGAUGACACCAGGUCGGGAUAUCUCGACUUUUCCGGGGGCGAUCAUUCCGGGGCAGGGUACAGCCGCUUUGUCGGGGUUGCCAAUGAUUUUGGCUGGUUGUCAGGGAAGAUGGAGUUCAACGGCAAGAAGGUGGCGAAAACUCCUCAGAAAUGGCCUACAUCAUGGAGCAGGCUGGUCUGUCUCGUCGGCUAG